ACUCCAUAUUUUUCAAACGUGUGGAUAUCAAAGAGUAAAAGUAUACUUAGUAAUUACAUCAGAAAAAUAUUCUACUAUUAUGAACUCACAGCAACUUGCUUCUUUGAUUCAUUUUCAUUAGGUAUUUUACCUAAAUACUCUGCUCUCUUUGAUUGAAACCAUAAACAAACCGCUUGCCGCAACAACCUACUUGUUACAUCCAUAUACAAGCUGUUUCCUAGCAACCGCCAAAAAAUAAACAGUGUCAUAUCUGACACAACGAAUUGUUUUUCUGAUCGUAAUACUUUAGUUAUAUAGAUUUUUUAUUUUAUUUAGUACAUAAACUAGUGAAAUAAUAUAUUUAACAAUGGAUGUAAAGAAUUUGGAGACGUAUGCCAUAAUUGGGUUCGAUGGUUCCGCGAUUCGUGGCCUGAAAGUGCAUCCCGACGGCAACCACAUCAUCUACCCGAUGGGCAACAAGGUCUGCAUCCAACAUUGGACCAGCAAGCAGAUGUGGUUCCUGAGCGGGCACACCAACAGCGUGUCGGCGGUGGGUGUGUCCAGCGGCGGGCGAUACAUCGGAUCGGGCCAGAUCAACCAUGUAGGAUUCAAGGCCCCUGCCAAGCUGUGGGACUUCAAGAAGAAGACAUUACUCGGAAGCCAUGAACUACAUAAGGUCCGCGUGGAAGCCCUAAUGUUCACUUCGGAUGAGCGCUACAUGAUCUCCCUAGGCGGCCGAGAUGACGGCUGCGUAGUCAUUUGGGACUGCGCCGCGAGCGCGGCGACAGGCACGGCGUCUGCUGCACGACUGACUACUGGGGACGCGGUUACUCUUACUGCGUUGUCGUGCCGGCCUAACUCGUUCGUUACUGGCGGGGACUCAAACCUUCGCGUAUGGAACAUACGCGCCCAAAGCAAGAUGCUGGACGUGGUGGACGUGGCGCUCGGCAAGUUGAGGAGAAGCGUCCUCUGUAUCGCAGUCAGUGGCGACGACUCCUACGGCAUUGCGGGGACCACGACGGGAGACAUGGUGAAAUUCUCCAUCAAAUAUCCUUCUGACCCAGGAGCAGACGUGGCGGACUGCAAGCCAGCCCUUAUAGGUUGUUUGGCUAAAUGUGGACCUUGGAGGAAAGGGAAGCGUCCGGAGGCUCAGUGUUACAGCCAAGGGGUGGAGGCCAUCCUCAUAAUGUCGGACGGGUGCUUAAUCGUCGGCGCAGGAGAUGGCACCGUAGAAAUCCUAGACGAGAUCAACUGGAAGGGGGAGUUCCCUAAGGGCAGGCUGCUAGACCCCACCAUGCCGUACUUUAAAGCGCUCCGCUCCGCGAAGCUCCCCGGCCGCAUCACCUCCCUAGAGCUCAUGGAGUCCCCCGGCCAACGCGGAGCCGCGCGCAAGCUGCUAGCGGCCACGCGCACCAGCGAGAUAUACGCGCUCAGCAUAGACACGCUAGCGCCCGUGCUGUGUGUCACGUGCCACCGCUGCGCUAUCAAUGAUAUAGCUUUCCCCAGGGGCAUGUCAGGCGUGUUCGCGACGGCGGGCUCGGGGGACGUCCGCGUGUGGUGCCUCGAGACCUGCCUCGAGCUGCUGCGUAUCUCCGUGCCUAACUUCACGUGCAGCUCUGUGCUGUUCAGCGGCGACGGCAAGUCCAUUGUCUCUGCUUGGAACGACGGAACAAUCCGCGCGUUCACCCCGCUCACGGGCCGGCUGAUGUACGCCAUAUUCAACACCCACAACAAGGGCACGUCGGCGCUGGCGAUGAACUCUAGCGGCACCACGCUCAUCUCCGGGGGGUGCGAGGGCCAGGUCCGCGUAUGGGACAUAAAACCAGAGAAGCAGACGUUGAAGAAGGUGCUGAAAGAGCACAAGAGCCCAGUAUCCGCCAUCCAAGUGUCGCCCAACGAUUGCGAGGCCGUCAGCGCCGGCACCGACGGGUCGUGUAUCAUUUGGGACCUGAUGUCGCUGUCUCGCCGGCAAGUGAUGUACGCGAGCACGCUGUUCAUGUGUGUGUGCUUCGAGCCGCAGGGCUGCCAGCUGCUGACGGGCGGCACGGACCGCCGCGUCGCCUACUGGGAGGCGGGCAGCGGGAACCUGGCCAGAGAGUUGGAGGCGAGCAAGGUCGGAGCGGUGAACGGGCUCGACAUAUCGUCCGACGGUCAGCUCUUCGUCACUGGCUGCAACGACCAGAUCGUCAAGGUCUGGAGAUACCAGGAGGGCAUCUACACACACAUGGGACUAGGGCACGCUGGGGCAGUGACUUGCGCUAAGUUCUCGCCGGACCGGCGGUUCGUGGUGAGCGCCUGUGCUGCCGGCAGCAUCAUCGUGUGGAGGACACCCGAGAUAUAUCUACAAUCAGACAAGGGGUCGCAGCCAUCAUCAGCCAAGCAAACCCAGGACCAAGAGGGGCAGGGGGGGCAGAAGAAACCUCAGAGCCUUGAAGACGAGCUGAGACUGCCGCUCUCGGAUAAACCAGACCAGGAGAAGAAGAAGGCGGCAGGGGAUCGGCAGCACAGGGUGCCCGCGGCACCAUCUAAGGUGGAGAAGAUAGAGGCGAUGGACACGACGCGCAGUAGCGUGCACUCGUGCUGCCCGUGCGACACGGUGCGCUCCGCCGGGCCCGCCGCCGGCGCCGCGCGCAGCCCGCCCGCGCCCAAAACCCAGCCCGGCAACAAUAAGGCCACAGACAAAACAAAUAACUUACCGACGAAGACGACGAGCAAAGAAUUCGUCAGUAGCGGUGGGGGCGAUCGAAAAUAG